AUGAGCACAAACAUCUUUGGAGCUCAAGUGGAGCUCAAAGAGAGUUCCAGCUUUAUUGGAAGGGUUCAGGCCAAAGAUUUUUCCAGGCAAAAAGAACUGGAGCAGAGCGUCAAAGAAAACAAUGAAUUCAGGAGAGAUUUCUGGAGGAGUAGUGUAGUAAAUAGAGAACUGGCUAGUACUUUCUUGCCAAGUGCAAGGUUUUGUCAGAGGGUCAUUAGACCCAAGUAUAAUAGCAUGGCAGAAUGUUGGCACGUAGCCAGUUAUGAGGUAGUUCCCUGUGGGGGGUCCAGUUAUAUAGCAGAGAAAGCCAUGAAGUAUACUAAAAUAAGUGUUAUAUGUCGGGAUUAG